UAUUCUCGAGAUUAAUAUACUUUUUGUCAUCGCCAUUUUCCUAUGUUUACAGAGUUCUCAAAACUUCUAUCCCUAUUAUUAAUUUCGUCUCACCUGUAUUGAUUGUGCAACAUUGUUAUUUGAAUAAUAUAAAGCUAAAGCCAGUGCGAGGAAAUGAAGAAAUGUCGCAUGAAAAAAUCGAAAAGUCAUUUUUGAGAUUAUCUCGCACUGUUAAUGAGAAAUUUUGUCUAUUGGUGUUUAUACCUCGCGAAAAAAAAGGAAGAAUUUUAGUAUGUGAUGUCUUCUGAAAUUUUGGUAUCUCUUUGUGUGAUUCGAAUAGAAGUGAACAAUCUUUCCGAGGACGCAAGUGCUAUGGAUAAAAAUGCAAGGAAAAUGAGAGGUUCUAGAGAAUCUCGAGACAUAACAAUAGAAACAUACUCGGAUCGUAGCGAAGGGCCUUUACCUUUAUUACCGCAGACUACAAGUUUUCAAAUGUCUAAUAAAUCUGAAUCGACAUCGAGAGAGAAUUUAGAGGAUAAAUCAUGUUUGUCUAGUGCUGCUUCACUUCCGAAUAUGGAUAAUUUUAUCGGUGCUGCUGCUUGUAAUACACCGGAUCAAAUUAAUUUCAUUUCAGGAAAUCCUUUUGUCGAAGUUACUAAGGGAAUCUUACAUCUUUUUAAAGAAAAUACAUUAACAGAAAUGCGUUCACCUCAAAAUAGAAGCCAUACAAUUUGUAUAUUAUCAGUUCCAGCGACAAUGACUUGUCAUGAUCUAAUGACUUUUACGGCAGCUUGUCAUCAAGAUAUUCAAUACUUUAGAAUCAUUAGAGAUGGAAAUCCUAAUCAAUAUAUGACACUAAUGACGUUUCGCUCAUCGGCUGCCGCUAGUGAGUUUUAUGAAACGUUUAAUGGGGCUCCCUAUAAUUCAUUGGAACCUGAAAUAGUUUGUCACAUGGUUUUUGUUUCAAAAGUUGAAACCGCGGACAAUGGUUUGCCACUUGCAGGUCAUACCGAAUUACCAUCUUGUCCCGUAUGCCUAGAAAAGAUGGAUGAAAGCGUCGAUGGCAUUUUAACAAUUUUAUGCAACCAUACUUUUCACGCUGGUUGUCUCGUUAAAUGGGGCGACACUUCGUGCCCUGUUUGCCGUUAUGCUCAGACCCCGGAACCCGUUGCCGAUAGCCGUUGCAUGGAAUGCGUUGCAGAAACGCCUAACGAGGCAUUAUGGAUUUGUUUAAUUUGUGGACACAUUGGCUGUGGCCGAUACGACCAAAGUCACGCAUUCGAGCACUACCGAGAUACACAUCAUUGUUACGCAAUGGAAUUGGGGCAAAAUCGAGUCUGGGAUUAUGUUGGAGACCAUUGGGUCGAUAGAUUAUUACAAAAUAAAGAUGGUAAAAUGGUCGAGGGAGGCCAAGAAUCUACUAAAGGUAAACGAGGAGGUGUCGAUGAGAAAGUUGACUCUGUACAGCUGGAGUUUACAUAUUUAUUGACAUCUCAACUGGAAACUCAACGGGAAUAUUUCGAGGAGAGAAUUACGAAAAUUGAAGAACGAACGUGUGCCGAAACAGCCGAGUUAAGAGAGAAAGUCGAGUACUUAACCGAAGAAAAUUCCCGAAUGAAGAAUCAAUUAUCCGUUUUGACUCGAGAAAAGCAAACAGUGGAAAAAAAAUUGCAAAAUUCAAACUCUAAAUUGACACAAACUCAAACUCAAUUGACCGAAGAAAAAGAAUUAAGACAAGCACUACAGCUCAAUCAAACGUCUUGGCAAAUCAAACACAAUCAAUUGCAAGAUGAAAUGAACGAUUAUAAAAAGAAGAAAGAAGUAGAGACGAGUGAUUUACGGGAGCAAAUACGCGAUCUGAUGUUCUUUUUGGAAGCGCGAAAUGAAAUUGAAAAUUCGGAAGAGAGGGAAGAAAUUGCGUCAGGCCGCAUCGUUAUUGGCCCAGGCUCGCAAGUUCCGAAACCCACUACACCAAAGAGUAAAAAUAAAAAGGAUAAGAAACAUUAAAGGAAUAAUUUUGCGUAAGCUCCC